AUGUCUCGCCUCGUCCUCCUUGCCGGCGCAGCCUCCCUGGCUGCUGCGUACGAAUUUGCCAUCCCGGCCAACCUCCUGGCGGGUGGCCAUGCGUUCGCCGCCAUCGACCCCAACUACCAGGCUUGCGGGACGGUCGGCGACGUCGUCUCGUACUGCGCGUCCAACCUGCCGGGCAAUGCCGCCGUGACCGACAGCGCCUCAUGCUACUGCUGCAACUACGCGACGUUCCUGGCGCCGGUCUACAGCAGCUGUGAGGACUACAUUUUGUCCUCGGCGCCCGGCUACACGGAGGACUAUUCAGUCGCUAGCAUCGCCCAGUCACUGUGCUUGGCCGUGAGCAAAGAGGGCUUCCGCUGCGGGGGCGUGGCCGCGACGACGACGCACCCCAGCACCGCUACCCGGACCGGCAGCGGCAACACCUUCCCGUCGUCCACGAGCUCGUUUUCGGGCGUCGUCCAGACCUUUGGCGGCAGCGCGACGGCCCAGCCGCCGGCCUGCACGUCCUUUGCGUCCCUGUUCGAGUCCUGCGACUCCAAGAUCCGCGGCUUCCAGACCAUGGACGACGCCCAGGCCGCCAGCUGCCUGUGCUACAUCAACGGCAAGUUCACGACGGCCCUCGACGACUACAUUAGCGAGUGCGGCGACUGGGCCAAGACGGCCGACCCGGCGGAGUACGAGUCCUACGUUGCCGUCGAGUCGUUUUGCGAGCUGUUCCAGGGCGGCAGCAGCAGCAACAGCGGCGCCAGCGCCACGGGUGGUGACGCGGCCACGUUUGGCGGUGCCGGCGGUUCGAGCGGCUCGGCGUCCAGUUCCACGCCCAACCCCAACAGCAACUCGUCGCCCACCACGACCAAGGCGCAGCAUACUGUGACGGUGACGCCGACGCCGACGGCGGCCAAGAACGCGGCUGCCGGGCCGGUGCAGGCGGUGCAAGCGGGCAGCGGUCUGGCGGCCUGGCUGGCCGUUGUGUUGCCGUUUGUCUUGUAG